AUGGUCACGCAGAGUAGCCUGUUAGACAGAGUCUGGCUGUACACUCACAAACGAUCUCCCAUUCUGCUGGCGUUGCAUCCUCCCUCACAAUCUAGCCUUAUAUCUAGCGAGGGGCACUUGGAAGAGCAAACAGAACCAACAGUGCAGUCGAGAAGAUACAUCCCCAACACCAUCAUGAACACAAAUAUGCACCCACAAAGCUUGGAUAGUGUCCGUUCAGGAGAAGAAGCGAAGAGUGAGAACGAAGAUAGCAACACGCGGUCCGGCGCCAUAAGCCUCAUACGUGCGCGGACUAUUUCUCGAUCAUCAACACCAAGGGAUACCCAAGAAGGCUGUUCUAGCGAGCAAGCUGACGACAGCCAACAGGCUGUUUCGAUUCCCCGGAUUGUGGUGAUGGAACCUCCUGGGGAUUCAAAGGCCAAAAGGAAUAAGAUGAAGAAGAAUAAGUACAAGAAGAAGAAACUCCUGCUAGGUGAUUCCGAAAGCGAGACUUCUGGGAGCCAGGGCUCUGGAUUGAACGGUAAGCCUACCGCGGAAUCGAAUACUUCGAAUGAUACUUCGUCUCAUAUGAAAGAAAUAGAGGACUUGUCUCACUCUGCUUGGAUGCCAGCCAAAGGCCUGAACUCUGGCGGCUGUGCAAAUAAAGAAAAGCCCAUGUCAGGCAGCAAUGUGUCUGAGAGAUGUACAGUGGACAGUGACAAGAAGCGAGAUUUGAUAGAGUCACUAAGCAAGUUGGACAUCAAAGGCAAGCAGCGGGUCUGGCAAGUGAACGCAGUCACAGGCAACGAUACAUUGGAGGAGAUAAAUACACAGCGUGGUCCCCAACCGGUGGACAGGGCGAGAAGAACUGUGCUCGCUCCUUCAUAUGCCACGGUCCUUUCUGGAAAACGUGCCAGUAUCGAGGGUCCAUCUUCUAUGCCAAACAACAGUGAUUCCCUCCUACCGACGACCAUGGAAUUCCCCAAACUCACAGACAAGACUUCCGCCGGACAGGAUAGCAGUCCUGAAGCACGCUCCGGUCAUGCAAAGCUCUCGCCUAUUCCGGAAAUAUCAGGUGAAUUUGCAGGUGAUAACUCCAACGACAUACCGCUCAGUCAAACGGACCUAGAAACCGCAGGUUCCAGUUCACUUGACAACCCAAUCUCGACCCCUGUGUCCACAGUAUCCACUGGCUGGAGCAGCACAGCACUGCAAAUCAGCCCACAAACGACUGAGCCGUCUUCUGAACCAUCCUCGUCCAAGGCAGUCAGCCAUCGCCACGCCACUAGUCUUCACCACGCCCAUCCCCUACCACCCACACCCCCAAGUAGCACCCAUUCCCACUCCCUGUCGACAGCCAACGCUACCAUAACUAACGCCCAGGGCACCCUCUCCGCCCAGAAACCAGAGGGGUUCUUUUGGCAACUUGACAGCCACGGCUUCCCCUGUGCCAAAGCCCACUGCGAGAAACGCUGCAACCUCUGGGACGGAGCAACAGUGAUCUGUCCACGAUGCGGGCCCUACUCCGAAGUACGGUAUUGCAGUAGAGCCCACCUACUUGAGGACAUCAAACCUCACUGGCUCUACUGCGGACAGAUGGUAUUUCAACACCCAUGUCGUGAAACCUCAAUCCCAAGACGAGUCCGCGCUGGACCUCCUCUCAUCCCGUGCCUGCAUCACUACGACAUGCCGGAGCGUCAUCGCCAAGCCGUGCACUUCAAUAUGAAUGCCAGAGAAGGCGAUUACUUCAUCUUCACGGACUGGCUGGAUUUUGUUACCGCCGGACUACCAGGUGAUAAAACGGCUAUACGAUGUUCGAAUAGAAUAAUGUACGUGGUUAAAUUUGAUGAUGCGGCAGAGAAAGAUCGAUUCCGUCGUGUUCUGGCGGCUUGCCUCUUUAUGACCAUCGAACUCCCUGAUCUGACCGACUAUCUUUACCGUCUAAUCCGCGACAAACUGCGCCUGGCCAACGCUCCCAACCACAUUGAACCCUCCCUGCGCUACCAAUUCCUGCAAGAAUUUAAUGUGACCAUCCAAGAGCGCAUCACUGGCUCUCGUCACGCCUGUGAAACAGACUGGGACGGCCGAAACCGCCGUAAUUGUCAGGAUCCGGUGUGUCGGGCUGAGUAUCGUCGGCUGCUAGGAUCCGUUGGUGGAAGAGGAUACAGUCGGAUGAUUGAGACGCUCGAGUCAACUUAUUGGAUUCUGAGGGCAGCCAGGACGACCCACCCUAGUGUGAAGGAUGCGAUGAAACGUAUGAUGGGGGAGGGGUAUGCGGAGGUGGCGGAGGAAGAUAGACGGGCCUUUAGAAGGGGGGAUGGGUGGGAUGGGGCGGGUUCGGGUGAUAUGGAGAUAGAGGGGUUUAAUGAGGGGGAUGAGUAG